AGUGGGUACUCACUAGCUUCCUUAAGGAGUUAACUAAUUAAGCUGUUGUUAGCUUCGUCUAACAAUGGCGUACAGAGUGCUGGAGGUGACCCUACAGUCGGCCAAGGACCUGAAGAACGUGAACUUCAUGACGCGCAUGGAGGUCUACGCGGUGGCAACCAUCUCCGGCGACCCGAUCACGCGCCAGUGCACCCCGCCGGACCCCUACGGCGGCCGCAACCCCACCUGGAACACCACGCUCCGCUUCGCCGUCCCGCCCACCGUCGGGGGCGGCGGCAGCGGCUGCCUCCACGUCAUCCUCCGUACCGAGCGAUCCCGAAGGGACCGCGACGUCGGCGAGGUCAUCGUCCCGCUCGAGGAGAUAUUCGCCGGCAUCGGCUACAACCGCGGUCCGCGCCCGCCGCAGUUUGCAGCCUACCAGAUCCGCAAGCUGCACCGGGCCGAGACCCGCGGCGUGCUGUACCUGUCGUACCGCCUCAGUGCCGUCUUCGUCCCGCUCCCGCAGGCGCAGGCGCCGCACCGGUGGGCGACGAGAGCUUCCUCCGACGAGCCCUUCGUUGCGUACCCAGCGGCGCGGCCUUAUGGUCAUCAGCCGUACGAUUACAUGCUAGUCCCGGCGUUGAUGCCGCCGCCGCCAACUCCACGAGCUCCGGGGCACAUGUUAAUGGCUCCAUCGUCUCCGCGAGCUUCCAGUGGGCAUAUGGCCUUCCAGCCGUCUCCACAGGAUCCUGGAAACAUGGCCCUACCGCCGCCGCUUCCAAAAGCUUAUGGGCAUCUAUCGAUGCCGCCGCCGCAGCCGCCGAUAAAAACUUCUGGGCACGCGACGCCUCAAAAAACUGCCGGAAAGAAUAACGGCGACCCGGACUUUGGCAUCGAGCUCAGCGCCGGGCUGGAAGGCGACACCAGCGGCGGGAUGAUGGUCGGCGACACGAUGUCCGACGGCGCGGCGUAUAAUGCCGGGUACAGGGCAGCCAUGGCCCGCGAAUGGAGAAGGGGCGUGUACUAG